GAUGCUGUUUCAGAUGAUUUUGAUAUUGUAAAUGGUAUUCCACAAGGUAGUGCUAUUAGCCCUAUUCUGUUUAACAUUAUGAUAAAUGAUAUUUUUAUGAAUGUUGGUAGAGAUAUUGGGUCAUCGCUUUAAGCAGAUGAUGGGGCUAUAUGGAAAAGAGGGGAAAAUAUUAGACAUGUGACUAAUAGCAUUGAGGGUGCUAUAUUGAAUGUUGAAAGAUGGUCAUAUGACUGGGGAUUUAAGAUGUCAGUUGCAAAGUCAUGCUACAUGUUCUUUACCAGAAAGAGAAGGAUAAAUAAUAUGCAGCUUAAAUUGUAUGGGCAAUGUAUGGAAAGGGUAACAGAGUUCAAAUAUCUAGGGUUAUGGUUUGAUGAGAAAUGUAUAUGGAGAACUCAUGUUAAACAUAUUGAAACAAAAUGUAGAUCAGGUUCUGGUAUUGAAUGGGGAGCAGAUAAACAAUCAUAACUGGACAUCUAUAGGGCCUUAAUACGAUCAUGUAUUGAUUAUGGGUGUAUGGUGUAUGGAGCAGCAGCUAAGAGUGUUUUGGGAAAAUUAGACAGAAUACAGUUCAGAGCUCUAAGACUUAGUGUUAGUGCAAUUAAAACAACUCCUACUAAUGCACUACUGGUGGAAACUGACAAAUUGCCAUUAUAUUUAAGAUGUUCAAAGUUGUCAUUGGCGUAUUGGGUUAAGUUAAAGGGAUCUGGAGUUGAACAACCUACAACAAAGGUGCUGUGUGAUUGUUGGGAAUAUUCACAAUUUAAAGGUAAAGAAUUUGGUUGGAAUAUUAAUACAACAGCAAAAGAAUAUGGCUUAAAUAGAUUAGAAUAUGGGCCAAAUAUUGUGUGGGGUAAUGUUCCUCCAUGGAUAUUACCAGUGCCCAAUGUGGACUUGCAACUUUUGGAGCAGAAGAGAGAAUGUAUUGAAAGGGAAGUGGAUAACAUUGGAUAUUUGGUUCAAGAUUAUGUGAAGAGGAAUUGUUAUAACUGUAUGCCAGUAUUUACUGAUGGAUCUAAAGAUCCAGGGAGUGGAUACCUGAGUUUGAUGUAGUCAUAUGCAAAAUAAUUAAUGAUAGAUUAUCUGUAUUUACAGCAGAAAUAGUUGCAAUAGUUGUCGUUUGUUCAGACUCUACUGCAGCUCUUAAUAGUUUGAAUUCAAAAGAAACAAUAAGAGAUGAUUUAUUGGUGGAAAUAUUUACGAUAAUGCUAAGAAUACAAAGAGUUGGAAUUGAUGUACAAUUUUGUUGGGUUCCUGCUCAUGGUGUGGAGGGUAAUGAGAAAGCAGAUGAGACUGCAAAGAGAGUGUUGAAAUUAAAUGACGAUGAAAUAAUGAAAGUUCCCUUUGGAAAAGGGGAGGCCAAAUCAUUAAUAAGAAAGGCAGUGAGUGAUUUGUGGCAGAAGAAGAGGGACAUAGAUAUCAAAGGGAGACACUAUUACAGUAUACAGAAACCCAUUAACGUGAAGGCUUUCAAAGGGAAGUGCAGAAGAGAGGAAGUGUUUUUUUUCAUGGUUAAUAUUUGGACAUAUUGGAUUAAAUUCAACUCUUUAUUUAAUGACAAAGUGUAUUUCAGAUAAAUGUGAUAUUUGUAACGUUCCCGAAAAUGUUGAGCAUGUCAUAAUGAGAUAUACUAAAUAUAAUUCAGAGAGGAACACUUUACGUGAUAACAUAUAUGAGCUAGAACGGGGAUGGAAUUUAGAAGGUAUUCUAGGGACGGGAGAGAAAAUGUGGGAGUGCUGCAAGGCUCCCCUUAUUUUCCUUAAAGAUACAGGAUUAUAUCGUAAAAUAUAGUUUUUCUAAAAAAAUGUGAUCUGAUGUAAAGCCCUGAUUUUACACACUCCGGUACAGUAGGUGGCGGUAUGCACCUAUACAUGUUGGUUUACGAUCCGCCAUUAAAUGAAGAAGAAGAAGAAGAAGAAGAAGAAGAAGAAGACGAAGAAGAAGAAGAAGAAGAAGAAGAAGAAGAAGAAGAAGAAGAAGAAGAAGAAGAAGAAGAGGAAAGGAAAGGAAAGGAAAGGAAAGGAAAGGAAAGGAAAGGAAAGGAAAGGAAAAGGAAAGGAAAGGAAAGGAAAGGAAAGGAAAGGAAAGGAAAAGAAAAGGAAAAGAAAAAAGAUGCCUGACUCGAAGCUUGGGGCUGUACAAUCCGUCGCACAAUCCAAACCAGAUCUCGGGGAAUUACCUUUCACAGCCAGUGGUAACCAGGACAAUGCAAGCCUCAAGGAAGGCUGAAGAGAGCCUAUCAGCAGACUGUUCUCUUCAUUUCCAAGAGACUGAACCUCUGCCUAAUGACCACUACUAUGCAUUGCCUGCAUCUGUCACUGGUCAAAAGGCCAGACUCAGUGAAGCCUCGGGUAGGGUGUAGAGUCUGGAGCGAGAGAUGAGGAACGCAAAGGACCGAGAAAGGAGGGCAAAGAACACAAUGCAUGAUCUUCUGGAGGAUCUGAGGGGGAAGAAUCUCAUAAAUGAAGAGCUGAAAGAAAGGCUUGAUUUCUACUCAGAGUUUCUUCCAUAGAGCUCCUGUCAAAACCGGACCACAAGUACACAAAAGACCAGAGGGAGUUUGCCCUCACUCUCCACCUACAUGGUCCAAAAGCAUAUAGCUAUCUGAGAGAGUCUCUCCAUCUUAACCUCCCACAUCCACAUACAUUGCAGAAGUUCUGUGGAUGCCAAGCCUGGCCUCAACAUGAUGAUGUUGGACAUGUUGAAAAGAAGACGAGAGGACGACCCUGCUAAAUGUGGAUGUGUGACUCAUGUUGGAUGCCAUGGCUAUCAAAAAACAUGUCCAGUACAGUCCUCAUACCCAGAAAAUGUCUGGAUUUGUGGACAUGGGGGAUGGAGUGAAUGAGACGGAUGUUGCCACUGAGGCUCUUGUUUUUAUGGUGGUUGGACUACAAGGCCAUUGGAAGGCUUCAAUUGCCUACUACCUGACCAAGUCUCUUAAAUUACACGGUGGCAACUCACCAAAAAAGCUGUGCAGAACAGUUUUGUUCCAAGGGUUUUAGCCAUACACAUAUAUAUAUGUAGACGCCGCAGUGGCCGCUGGACCGUACGUCAACGUCGCUGCCAUAUUGUUAAUGAAAUUUUGAUACGUCAGUCCGUUUCCAAUAUACAAAGGCCAAAAGGUGGCGCUACACAAGGACGUUUACAUUUUAGCCUGUAUGUCAGGAAUUCUUAAAAUUAAUUGCCUCAUGACAAAAUUUAAUCUGAGAAAAUAAACGGUUUGAUGUAUCUUAGUAUCUAAAGAAUUGUAACUUUCUUUUAUAACUUUCGGUAAGCAUGGUCUGUAGAUGUUUCACACUGAAUUUCAGAAGAAUCUGACAAACGGUCUCGGAUGAGAUGAUAAAAGUAGGUAUUUCGGACAGUGUGAAUAGGCAGGAAGACUAAGGUGUACGACAUCACAAUUGUUAGAUAUUUGUUAAUAGUUAUAAUUCAUUACCUUUAUUAUUCAUAUUUUUCUUAAGAAAUGUUUACGUUGCUUGGAGCCUUGGCAAUACAACAGUUUGAGUGCGUGAAUUCGGUAGGUCCGAUCAAGAAUGCUCCGUGGUGCUGCGGGUUGACCCCACAUCAUGACAUCCUGGAGGUCACCAGUUUUAAUCCCUACAUAUGCUUGGCUUUCUGAACAAUUUUUUUUUUUUUUUUAGAAAAGCAUAUGAUUUUUUCAAAUAUCGUCAAUUACCAAUUUUGUUGCUCCUUUUAAAAAAAAAUUGCAUUCGUGUUUUUGUGCCUCAUUCCCUUUGUGUUUCAAUUGUGUGUUUCACAAUAGGCAAAAUUUGUCUUUAUAUUUUGAAAUUAAAUAUGGCAUGUGAAAAAGUAUUUUUGUCUUGGUAAAAUAAAUAGACAUACAUAGUC